GAAUCAUGAAAUAUGAAAAUGGCCGAGAAUCCCCGGGAGGCAUAUGAAGAGGCCUAGGAGCUUCGUAAAAGCCAGGACCCCUGUCGGGUUCAGGUGGAAACAUCCGCAUCCAUGGAACGGCCAUUACUACAGGUGCUUUGCAAAACAAUAAUGACGUCACUUUGACUAAAGAUGACGUCAAAAUUACGUACCUUUUACAUCAUCAUUUUUCGCGUUGAAAGACGUCAUGAAACCCAACGUCAUAAUUUUGUAUGGCAAUCAAGAUGAGGUGGCAUAUGAUAUAGAAACAUUCAACAAAAUAAACAACAAACUCUAUUUAUAUAGAAUCGGCCCCAUCGGCCCCCUGGCACUCUGAAACCUUUGUAAUCGGCCCCAUCGGCCCCCUGGCUCUCUGAGACCUAUGUAAUCGGCCCCCUGGCUCUCUGAGACCUAUGUAAUCGGCCCCAUCGGCCCCCUGGCACUCUGAGAUACAUGUUAUUGGCCCCCUGGCACUGAAAAGUAUAAAUUAAUAUAAUUGAUUGACAUGUACUGGUAUAUAACUUAUACUAAUAAAAAUCUGACACAACAUAAAUAAUGGAAUGUAAAUAGGAUUUAAGUCAAAUGUAUAAUGAUUUUGAAUAAUUCAAUUGACAAAUUUAACAAGUUUUAUUUAAAUUAAUUGCUACUUGCAGAAGAGGGCUGGUGGUUGGGCCAAUCCCUAGCGACCAAACCCUCAGACUGCAUAUAAAGUAACAAUAUAGUUAAUAACAGUGUUUAUGAUGAUAUUUGAAUUAAGAAGUAAUAGAGUAUAUCGCUGAUGUCUCCCUAUUACCCUUUCACAAAAUCACAUUUUUGUUCCGAUCUAAAAUUUGAUGUCAAAUGUUGUUUGACCAGAAAUUUGAAUCUGUGUAAGUUCUUGGUUGCCUUAAUAUUAUCUGGUAAUGCAUUCCAGUCCUUUAUUGCAUUGUAAGAGAAAGAUGUGGACUCUACCCCACUUAUAUUAUGUAUAUUAAAGUUGUAUUGACUUGAUCUUGUACACCUCUUGUUGUUCCUUUCAAAACUUUCUUUCAUAUAAGCUGGACAUUUUUCAUGAAAAAAAAUAAAACCGUGGUUUAAUCUCAGUUGAGACACUCUAUUACUUACAUUCAACAUAUAUAAUUUUUCCAGUUCUGUAAAAGUUAUUCUUUUCCUGCAAUCUAAAUCCAAAAUAAAACGAUCAACCUUGUUUUGUGUAACUUGAAGUUUGUGUUAAAGAUUUUUGGAGAUACCCUCGUACCAAGAUGAGCAAGCAUAGUCAAACUGACAUUGGAUAAGUGCCGAGCAGAGUGUUUUUCUUGAUGACAGAGAUAGACUUUUUCUGGUUAUUACACUGAAAGAGUGUUAUAAUCUUGUCACCAAAUACACAGGUGUAUCGAACCACAAUUAUAGUUAUAUCUUAUAACCCAAAACACAGAUAUAUCUACCUUAGGAACAGGUAUCACAUUACUGAACAAGCAUACAUUUUAGACAAUACACGCCAGGUAUGUAAAUGCUACGAUUUAUAAACACAACCUCCACUGACCUACUUUACUAUCGAUUUCUUUAUUAUCACUGUAUGUCUGUCGGUAACCUCGCUCAACACGGAAGUUAUUUAGUCUGUACAACAGCAGGUCUAAACAGGUAGAUCUACGCAUUGCUGCAGUGAUGGGCGUAUCCAGAGCAGAAAUUUGUUUAUGUUACUAACUAGUCAGCAGCAUUGUCAAAUUCAGCCGAACUUUUGACUUGAAGUUUUGAUCAAACUUUUACAAUGUCAGCAGGAAAGUGACAGAUUUAUCAGCAAAGCUAGAGGGAAGUUAAUCAUGUGAUUGUGAAUCCCAGGGCUGGAAAACCAUAGACAAUGUAAGUGAACCUUCUGAAGUGUGGAACGGUAAACCUGGAUUCAUCAUCACAGUAACCCUGUGACAUCAGUGAUCGUGAGGUAGUUAUUCUACAGUGUUUUUACAUUGCUAUAAGUUUAACAAACAUAUACUACUGGAUGUGACAGUUAUAAGUCAAGUUUUCAUUUCUUUACAUAACAAACUCUUAUUUGUGAGUGUUUACUGAUAACAAUAUAUUUAUACAAGAACAACAAACAUCUUCAAGGCUUCAACAAAUAUUUCAGAUUUUCAUCAUAAUGGCAACCCCUAAAAGCCAAUUUCCACUCCGUAUUAAAGGUCAAACGACCUGUAUUCACCACAAGGGGAGACAAUUGGAUUUUUACUGUGAAAAGUGUCAGGAACCGGUUUGUCCAAAAUGCCUUUCUUCUAUUCACAAAACUCAUACAGUGUGUGAGCUAAGUGAAAUCAUUCCCCAGAAAGAACCAGACAUCAAAAACUUUAUAGACAGAACAGAAAAAAAUGACCUUGUACGAAUUGGAAAAUACAUCACCACAACUGAUACGCUCCUUAAAGACAACGCCAGUACUUUUGAGAAGCUGUCACAAAAGUUAAAAAUGCAAACAGAUAAAUUAAAACAAGAGCUGGACAUGCUUACAGCACAGACACUCUCUCUUUACCACAAAAUGGAAGAGGAUAAUACCACGCUGAUAAAUAAAUACAAACAGGACCUGGAGAUGUACGAGAAACAACUCAAAUCACAAAUUCAAGAAUGCAAAGCAGCUCUCCAGCGUGGUUCACACAUACAGAUUUAUGAUACAUUUUGUGAGAUCCAUUCUCCUACACACAGUCUCCCUGUAACACCUAUCCUGGGUACUGCCAACUUCACUUCAAAUGAAAAACCUCAAGAUCACUUAAAAAAAGCCUUGGGAAAAGUUAUCACCUCAGGUCAAGGUCAAACUUUAACUGACCAGGAUCGGUCAGUCUGCGGACAACCCUCUACACAACAACAACAGUCAGGAACAAAAGUGAAGAAAGCAGUGACAACAUACAAACUACUGCCACAGACCAAGGUAGUGGAGGAGUGGAAGUCUCCACGUUACAUUUAUUCUAUAUGUCCCACCACUGAUGGUCAGGUGUGGACCACGGCCAGUGACACAUUAACUCUCCUGGACAGGAAGGGUAAAGUAAUACAGGAGGUCAAACACAAUGUCUACAUCAAUGACAUCAGUCUGUCACCCACCACACACACACUGUGGGUCUGUGAUGAUAAAAAUAACAUCAUGGAGCUGGUAUCAGGACGACUGACACACAGAUUCAGUACCAAGGAGGAACCCAGGUGUAUAUGUGUUACAGCCAGUAACCAUGUCAUUGUAGGGAUGUACAGACACAUCUCCAAAUUUACCACAGAUGGUAAAAUGGUGUGUACUACUAUGGCUAAAGGGACUGGGAAACCAUUAGUGUGUUCACCACGCAGGAUCUCAGAGUGUCCUGUCACUCACAAUGUGGCAGUCGUUGAUUUCAGAGAUGGUGGUGAUGGAAACAAACAUGUUGUUGUGAUGGACACUGAUUUCAAGGAGCUGUUUGUGUAUAGAGGUGACAUCCCCAGUACAUAUAAACCAACACCACAAACAGAAGGUAGACCAUUUAACCCCAGUGGUGGUGUGGUGUAUGACUGUGUGGGGAACCUGAUCAUAGGGGACAGUAUCAACCACAGGGUCCUACUCAUCAGUGGAGGUGGUGAGUUCCUCAGGGUCAUACACACAGACACAGACUGUGCAGUGGCUGUAGGUAUAGACAGGGAGGAUGUCCUGUGGGCAGUGUUUGGGUCAUGGCUUGUUAGCACAGUCAAACUACUACAGUACAGCAGUGUGUGACACCUGUAACCAAACAACUAGUAUAUCUAGUUAUCAUGACAAUGACAUGGGAAUCAGAGACAAAGGAAACUUAUCAUGAUUACAAAUCAACUAACGAUGUGUGACAUUCACAGGAAUAUAAGUAAAAUGUCUAGACUACAAGAUUGUAUGACACUCACAGGAUUAUAAGUA